CGCUGCAUGGGCGCCGCGUGAACUGCUGCUGUUGCACAGGAGGAAGAGGAUGGCGGGGCCACGGCCCAGCCCGUGGACCAGGCUGCUGCUGGCAGCCCUGCUGAGCGUCAGCGUCCCCGGGGACAUGGCCAACCGCUGCCGGAAGGCCCAGGUGAAGAGCUGCACCGAGUGCAUCCGAGUGGACAAGGACUGCGCCUACUGCACCGACCAGACAUUCAAGGACCGACGCUGCAACACCCAGGCGGAGCUGCUGGCCGCGGGCUGCGGGCCGGAGAGCGUGGUGGUCAUGGAGAGCAGCUUCGAGAUCACAGAGGAGACCCAGAUCGACACCACCCUGCGCCGCAGCCAGGUGUCCCCCCAGGCGCUGCAGGUCCUCCUGCGGCCGGGCGAGGAGCGGCUCUUCGAGCUGGAGGUGUUCGAGCCGCUGGAGAGCCCCGUGGACCUGUACAUCCUCAUGGACUUCUCCAAUUCCAUGUCCGACGAUCUGGACAACCUCAAGCAGAUGGGGGAGCACCUGGCCCGGGUCCUGAGCCGGCUCACCAGCGACUACACUAUUGGAUUUGGCAAGUUUGUGGACAAAGUCAGCGUCCCCCAGACGGACAUGAGGCCGGAGAAGCUGAAGGAGCCCUGGCCCAACAGCGACGCCCCCUUCUCCUUCAAGAACGUCAUCAGCCUGACGGACGACGUGACCGAGUUCCGGAGGAAGCUGCAGCAAGAGCGCAUCUCGGGCAACCUGGACGCCCCGGAAGGUGGCUUCGACGCCAUCCUGCAGACGGCCGUGUGCACGAGGGACAUCGGCUGGCGCCCUGACAGCACCCACCUGCUGGUGUUCUCCACCGAGUCUGCCUUCCACUAUGAGGCCGACGGUGCCAACGUGCUGGCUGGCAUCUUGAAGCGGAAUGACGAGGAGUGCCACCUGGACGCCACAGGCACCUACACCCAGUACAAGACACAGGACUACCCGUCUGUGCCCACCCUGGUGCGCCUGCUGGCCAAACACAACAUUAUCCCCAUCUUCGCCGUCACCAACUACUCCUAUAGCUACUACGAGAAGCUGCACAAGUACUUCCCUGUGUCCUCGCUGGGCGUGCUGCAGGAAGACUCGUCCAACAUCGUGGAACUGCUGCAGGAGGCCUUCAACCGCAUUCACUCCAACCUGGACAUCCGGGCCCUGGACAGCCCCCGCGGCCUGCGGACAGAGGUCACCUCCAAGAUGUUCCAGAAGACGGAGACGGGGUCCUUUCACAUCCGGCGAGGAGAAGUGGGCACCUACCAAGUUCAGCUUCGGGCCAUCGAGGACGUGGACGGGACGCACGUGUGCCAGCUGCCAGAACACGACAGGAAGGGCAACAUCCACCUGAAGCCCUCCUUCUCCGACGGCCUCCGGAUGGACGUGGGCAUCGUCUGUGACCUGUGCGCCUGCGAGCUGCAAAAAGAGGUGGGCUCACCCCAGUGCAGCGGCAACGGAGACUUCAUGUGCGGACACUGUGUGUGCUACGAGGGCUGGAGUGGCAAGACCUGCAGCUGCUCCACGGGCUCGCUGAGCGACAUCCAGCCCUGCCUGCGGGAGGGAGAGGACAGGCCGUGCUCGGGGCGCGGCGAGUGCCAGUGCGGGCGCUGCGUGUGCUACGGCGAAGGCCGCUACGAGGGCCAGUUCUGCGAGUUCGACAACUACCAGUGCCCACGCACCGCCGGGUUCCUCUGCAACGACCGGGGACGCUGCUCCAUGGGCCGGUGUGAGUGCGAGCCUGGCUGGACAGGCUUGAGCUGUGACUGCCCGCUCAGCAAUGCCACCUGCAUCGACAGCAAUGGGGGCAUCUGCAAUGGGCGUGGCCGCUGCGAGUGUGGCCGGUGCCACUGUGACCAGCGGUCCCUCUACACAGACACCACCUGCGAGAUCAACUACUCGGCGGUCCGCCUGGGCCUCUGCGAGGACCUGCGCUCCUGCGUGCAGUGCCAGGCCUGGGGCACGGGUGAGAAGAGGGGGCGCACCUGCGAGGAGUGCGGCUUCAAGGUCAAGAUGGUGGAUGAGCUGAAGAACGCGGAGGAGGUGGUGGAGCACUGCUCCUUCCGGGACGAGGAGGACGACUGUAACUACAGCUACACCGUGGAGGGCGACGGCACGCCCGGGCCCAACAGCACCUUCCUGGUGCACAGGGCCUGCCUGGCACUUCUCCCUUGCUGCAACCGAGGCCACAUCGUGGGCUUCAAGGAGGACCACUACAUGCUGCGGGAGAGCCUGAUGGCCUCGGACCACCUGGACACGCCCAUGCUGCGCAACGGCAACUUCAAGGGCAUCGACCGGGUCCGCUGGAAGGUCACCAACAACGUGCAGCGGCCCGGCUUUGCCACCCACGCUGCCAGCACCAACCCCUCGGAGCUGGGUGAGGGCCCGGGUUGGGUGCUGCGCUCCGCCCGCCUCUGCACCGAGAACCUGCUGGAGCCUGACACGCGGGAAUGUGACCAGCUGCGCCAGGAGGUGGAGGAGAACCUGAACGAGGUGUACAGACAGAUCGCAGGCUCACACAAGCUCCAGCAGACCAAGUUCCGGCAGCAGCCCAACGCCGGGAAAAAGCAGGACCACACCAUUGUGGACACGGUGCUGAUGGCUCCCCGCUCGGCCAAGCAGGCCCUGCUGAAGCUGACGGAGAAGCAGGUGGCCCAGCGGGCCUUCCACGAGCUCAAGGUGGCCCCGGGGUACUACACCCUCACUGCGGACCAGGACGCCCGGGGCAUGGUGGAGUUCCAGGAGGGCGUGGAGCUGGUGGACGUCAGGGUGCCGCUCUUCAUCCGGCCGGAGGACGACGAUGAGAAGCAGCUGCUGGUGGAGGCCCUCAAUGUGCCCAUGGGCACCGCCACCCUCGGCCGCCGCCUGGUGAACAUCACCAUCAUCAAGGAGCAAGCCAACGGGAUAGUGUCCUUUGAGCAGCCUGAGUACCUGGUCAGUGGCGGGGAGCAGGUGGCCCGCAUUCCCGUCAUCCGGCGCAUCCUGGACAACGGCAAGUCCCAGGUCUCCUACCGCACACAGGACAACACGGCGCAGGGCCACCGGGACUACAUCCCCGCGGAGGGCGAGCUGCUGUUCCAGCCCGGGGAGACCUGGAAGGAGCUGCAGGUGAAGCUCCUGGAGCUGCAGGAGGUGGACUCGCUCCUGCGGAGCCGCCAGGUCCGCCGCUUCCACGUCCAACUCAGCAACCCCAAGUUCGGGGCGCGCCUGGGCCAGCCCCACUCGGCCACCGUCGUCAUCGGGGACCGAGACGAACUGGACCUGACCUUCCAGAACCAGACCCAGUCUGCAUUCCCAGUCUCCCACAGUGCCCUGGGCGCCCCACAGAACCCCAACGCCAAAGCCGCUGGCUCUCGGAAGAUCCACUUCAACUGGCUGCCCCCUCCAGGCAAACCAACAGGGUACAGGGUGAGGUACUGGAUCCAGGGGGACUCCGACUCAGAAGCCCACGUGCUGGAGAGCAAGGUGCCCUCGGUGGAGCUCACCAACCUGUACCCGUACUGCGACUAUGAGAUGAAGGUGUGCGCCUUCGGCACGCAGGGCGACGGCCCCUACAGCUCCCUGGUGACCUGCCGCACCCACCAGGAAGGUGAGCCAGGGCGUCUGGCUUUCAACGUCGUCUCCUCCACGGUGACCCAGCUGAGCUGGGCUGAGCCCUCCGAGACCAACGGCGAGAUCACGGCCUACGAGGUCUGCUACGGCCUGGUCAACGAGGACAACCGACCCAUCGGGCCCAUGAAGAAGGUGCUGGUGGACACCCCCAAGAAGCGGAUGCUGCUCAUUGAGAACCUGCGGGAGUCCCAGCCCUACCGCUACACGGUGAAGGCGCGCAACGGGGCGGGCUGGGGGCCCGAGCGGGAGGCCAUCAUCAACCUGGCCACCCAGCCCAAGCGGCCCAUGUCCAUUCCCAUCAUCCCCGACAUCCCCAUCGUGGACGCGCAGGGCGGGGAAGACUAUGAGGGCUACCUCAUGUACAGCGACGAGGUCCUCCGCUCCCCAUCUGGCAGCCAGAGGCCCAGUGUCUCCGACGACACAGAGCACCUGGUCAAUGGGCGGAUGGACUUUGCCUUCCCGGGCAGCGCCAACUCCCUGCACAGGAUGGCCACGACCAACGCCUCCUACGGCACCCACCUGAGCCCGCACCUGCCCCACCGCGUGCUGAGCACCUCCUCCACCCUCACAAGGGACUACCACUCGCUGACCCGCACGGAGCACUCGGGCACGCUGCCCAGGGACUACUCCACCCUCACCUCCCUCUCCUCGCAGAGCCUCCCUCCCAUCUGGGAAGACGGGAGGAGCAGGCUUCCGCUGUCUUGGACCUUGGGGUCCUGGAGUCGGGCUCAGAUGAAGGGGUUCCCCCCUUCCAGGGACUCACCAGACUCUAUAAUCCUGGCUGCGCAGCCAGCAGCGCCCCCUUGGGACCCAGGUUCCCGCUUGGCUGCAGGUUUGCCCAACACCCCCACCCGCCUGGUGUUCUCAGCCCUGGGGCCCACGUCUCUGAAAGUGAGCUGGCAAGAGCCGCAGUGCGAGCGGGCGCUGCAGGGCUACAGCGUGGAGUACCAGCUGCUGAACGGCGGUGAGCUGCAUCGGCUCAACAUCCCCAACCCCGGGCAGACUUCCGUGGUGGUGGAAGACCUUCUGCCCAACCACUCCUACGUGUUCCGCGUGCGGGCCCAGAGCCAGGAAGGCUGGGGCCCGGAGCGCGAGGGUGUCAUCACCAUUGAGUCGCAGGUGUACCCUCAGAGCCCACUGUUACCCCUGCCAGGCUCCGCCUUCACCCUGAGCACGCCCAGCGCCCCGGGCCCACUGGUGUUCACGGCCCUGAGCCCAGACUCGCUGCAGCUGAGCUGGGAGCGGCCGCGCAGGCCUGACGGAGACAUCCUGGGCUACAUGGUCACGUGUGAGAUGGCCCACGGAGGAGAGCCAGCCAUUACAUUCCAGGUGGAUGGCGACAGCACUGAGAGCAGGCUGACGGUGCCAGGCCUUCGGGAAAACGUGCCCUACAAGUUCAAGGUGCAGGCCAGGACCACUCAGGGCUUCGGGCCGGAGCGUGAGGGUAUCAUCACCAUUGAGUCCCAGGAUGGAGGCCCCUUCCCACAGCUGGGUGGCCUCUCGGGGCUCUACCAGCACCCACUGCCAGGCGAGUACAGCAGCAUCACCACCACCCACACCGGCACCGCCGAGCCCUUCCUGCUGGACGGACUAACCCUGGGGCCCCGGGGCCUGGAGGCAGGCGGCUCCCUCACCCGGCAUGUGACCCAGGAGUUUGUGAGCCAGACGCUGACCACCAGUGGGACCCUCAGCAGCCAGGUCGAACAGCAGUUCUUCCAGACCUGAGCUCCCCUCCGCGACCAGGCGUCCUUGAACCUGGGCCCCACUGCCCGCCCCCCCCUCCCCGGUGCUGCCUCAGCUAUACCAUCCUUGGACCCCUGGUGGCCUCACCCACCCGCAUGCUGAUCACAGGACCAGAGCCUCCGGGGGUAGGUGCCCUCUGGGGGGCAUGUAGGAGGCAGAGGUCCCAGAAGGCCCUUCUGGCUGCCCCACCCCCAUCCCACCCAAGCGCAUUUGUAACCAAAGAGCCGGGACCAGCAUGACAAGCACCCAGCUUUGUUCCGCACUUAAUAAAAGAGUUCGCUACCGUG